UCGUCCCCCUCUCGGGUUAGGUCAGGCUGCGACUCGCCACUGGGUAGAAGCUGCUCAGCCGGCGUCUGGACCCUCAUUCAUUCUUCACGGGCACGUUCUUCCGACGACUGCUGUCGACAUGGCGGAGGAGAUCACAAAAGGUGUGGAGCAGGUGUCCGUGGGUGAGCUGUACGUCUCAGACAAAUGCGGCAGCGACCAGGAUGGAGACGGCACGCAGCAGAAACCCUUCAAGACCCCGCUCAGAGCUCUGCAGUUUGCUGGAAAGGAGCCGUUCCCCGUCCUCUACGUGGACUCCCAGAAAGAGGACGAGCGCUGGGCGGUGAUCUCCAAGACGCAGAUGAAGAACGCAAAGAAGGCUUUUAACCGCGAGCAGAUGAAGAGCGACAGCAAAGACAAGAAGGAGGCCGAGGACGGCGAGAGGAGGGAGAAGAACCUGGAGGAAGCCAAGAAGAUCGUCAUCCAGAACGACCCCAGCCUGCCCGAGCCUCAGACGGUUAAAAUCCAUAAACUGGAGGAACACAGAGGCCAGAGGGUGAAGGUGUUCGGAUGGGUGCACCGCCUCAGGAGGCAGGGAAAGAACCUGAUGUUCAUCGUGCUGAGGGACGGGACGGGCUUCCUGCAGUGCGUUCUGUCUGACAAGCUGUGUCAGUGCUACAACGGCCUGGUGCUGUCCACGGAGAGCACGGUGGCUCUGUACGGCACGGUGACGCCGGUCCCCGAGGGGAAGCAGGCGCCGGGCGGCCACGAGCUGCACUGCGACUUCUGGGAGCUGGUGGGCCUGGCGCCGGCGGGCGGCGCCGACAACCUGCUGAACGAGGAGUCGGACGUGGACGUCCAGCUCAACAACCGCCACAUGCUGAUCCGCGGCGAGAACGUCUCCAAGAUCCUGCGCGUGCGCUCCACCGUCACGCAGUGCUUCAGGGACCACUUCUUCGACCGGGGCUACUACGAGAUCACCCCGCCCACCCUGGUGCAGACGCAGGUGGAGGGCGGCUCCACGCUCUUCAACCUGGACUACUUCGGCGAGCAGGCGUACCUGACGCAGUCGUCCCAGCUGUACCUGGAGACCUGCAUCCCCGCGCUGGGAGACACCUUCUGCAUCGCCCAGUCCUACCGCGCCGAGCAGUCCCGCACCCGCAGACACCUGUCCGAGUACACUCACGUGGAGGCCGAGUGCCCCUUCAUCUCGUUCGAGGACCUGCUGUUCCGGCUGGAGGACCUGGUGUGUGACGUGGUGGACCGGGUGCUGAAGUCUCCCGCCGGGCCGCUGCUGUACGACAUCAACCCGAACUUCAAGCCCCCCAAGAGGCCCUUCAAGAGGAUGAACUACACCGAGGCCAUCGAGUGGCUCCGGGAGCACGACAUCAAGAAGGACGACGGCACCUUCUACGAGUUCGGAGAGGACAUCCCCGAGGCUCCCGAGAGGCUGAUGACCGACAGCAUCAACGAGACCAUCCUGCUGUGCCGCUUCCCCGCCGAGAUCAAGUCCUUCUACAUGCAGCGCUGCCCCGAGGACCGCCGCCUCACCGAGUCGGUGGACGUGCUGAUGCCCAAUGUGGGCGAGAUUGUUGGAGGCUCGAUGCGUAUCUGGGACUCUGAGGAGCUGCUGGACGGAUACAAGAGGGAGGGGAUCGACCCGACUCCGUACUACUGGUACACCGACCAGAGGAAGUUCGGGACGUGUCCUCACGGCGGCUACGGUCUGGGUCUGGAGCGCUUCCUCACCUGGCUGCUGAACAGACAUCACAUCCGAGACGUCUGCCUGUACCCGCGCUUCAUCCAGCGCUGCCGGCCCUGAACACACACACACACACACACACACACACACAGAAGAUCAAUGUGGGACCCGAAGCUUUUCGUUCUGAACAACGUCCCGCCUAACUGCAGCUCCCUCGCCGGCUGACUCUGUCUAACCUCAGUGGUGUGUGUCGCCUCUCCUCACUGAUUCUCUUAACGCCGCAGCUCUGACCACAGCUUUCAACUCAAGCAUCACGUCUCUGUUCUCUGUCCUGAAAGUCCUCGUCGGUGAACUUCAAUAAAAUGUGACUUAAAAGUGUUUCCGGA